UCAGUCGCGCGGGUUACGAGACGUUGCUAUUGCGCGCGCAUGGCGAAAUGCGGGAUGUACAGGGGCACAGGAUGAUGGGGUUUUUGGUCAGGGAGAUAUAGACUGGCCUGGACAUGUUUGUGAUUUGAACAGGUUUGGGAUUUCCCAUAUUAUGCGUUCUUUUCUGAUUGGUCAGUUGGUUUCAUGGUACUGCUCAAAACAAUAACCGAUUAUCUUGCAUCUACUGCGUACAUGGAUUUGCAAUAAACAAGGCGUAGCAAGCAUUCACCCUCAGUGGAUUCAGAAGUGGAAAAACUUCCUGUGUAUAAAUUUAAAGAGAGAAAGUUGGAGCAAGGCGCUGUGGCAGUUUGUUUACAAACACAGGUUGACUAAGCGACUAUUGUGUGAUGUAUGUUGGAACUUUAAGGACUUGGACCAGCACAUAGUGAGCUAAAGCUGAGAACGUUUGAAAACAGCAAAUAUUUUCCAGGAGGCAAGCGAUAUUGCUGCAUCACGCGCUUCCACUAUAAAGACGGCCGGUGUCCGACAAAAACUUUGGCGUUAACAAGAAGACGUACACGUGAUGCUCAUCGGCGAUACAUCUGGUGGCGAAUCCACAAUACAAAGAGACACAACCCCACCCAUGGCAACAAGAAUGGGCGUGGUUGGUUCUCCGACAUCCUCAAGUGAAUCUGGGAGCGGGGAUUGCAGUAUCUUUGAGCCGGAUUUUGACCUGUCCCCACUCAUCAAGGAAGAACUGCGGACUACGAUUCGUAACAGACGGAUCAACAGUGGUAAAUCUGACGACUUGUCGUACGACGAUCCGCCCAAACCUCAGUACAAGCUCACGAAGGAAGAAGAGGAAAAACGUCAAGUACGACGAGACAGGAACAGGAUCGCAGCGGCCAAGUGCCGGCAGAAAAGAAAACAAGAAACAAUGGAGCUAUCUCUGGAGUCUGAGAAAUUGCAGACGACCAACGCUAGACUUCGAGAGGAAAUCGAAAAGCUCCAGCACGAAAAGGAGACCCUGAUUAAGUUGAUAAAUUCCCACCGACCAACUUGUAUAAUGAAAACUGGCAGGGAUCCGAAUGUUGCACACACAGUUCACAGUUUCAAGUAUUCUGUCAGAUGACAUCACCUGUUUGCUCGCGACAAGCGGCGUUCCUAACAUUUUAUAUUACAAAGCACACUGAAACGGAUAUUUUCGAAUCCGUAUUACCAAUAGAAGCGACUACUAUCUGAGUAGGCCUAGUUGCCGUCGGCUAAAAUAAUAAAUGAAGUAAACAAAUACCAAACAAACACAUAAACAAACAAACUAAUAAAAAAAUCAUUAUGGAUGGAUGUAUCCUAAUAUUUUUGUGUGGAUAUUUAUAGGAAAGAUGAUUGUUCGUACAUAAUGGGGGUUAAACAGGUUUGUUCGCUGUACACAUAAACUUUAUGAAACACUGUAUUAUUUUUUGUGAGGUCACUGUAAAUUUGGCUUCUAGGGCUGGUUUUCAAGACCGAAAGCUUUUUGACUUCUCACAGAUUCAGCCUCCACUGACACGUAACUUUGACCCAUUCGCUCUCUUACCUGUCGUAAUUAUGCCAGUAAUAUGUCGACGUACUUAUACAGACACAGACUAUCCCAUACGUCGAUGUCAGCUUUUACACCGAAUUUAGAUACAUCAACUUGUUAAACAAGUUACAGCCCGAGUCUUGGGUGUUUUGUCAGUAGAAGGUACUUUUCCCUUAAGGGGGUUCCAGAAAUUAGGGGUCCAAAAGUGUGACAUUUUUGUGUCCCUGUUACAUCUGACCUUUGUUAUUUGACAUGGAAAUAUUACUGGAAUUGAUUUCCAACUAUUACUGUUUUUUGGCAGGUAAUUUGCAUUUUAUUAGAAAAUGUGUUCUGAACUUACAAUAUCAGACGUCAGAUGGGACAGGGACACGAAAACAUGGACCCCCUAGUUUUUAGAAUUACCCAUAAGUUAUCCUCAAAAAUUGAUGUCGAGCGUUAAAAGUUUAUUUUGCGAUCAAAAGUGUUUCCCGUGAAUGCUAAUAGCCAAUCUCAGUACAUGCUCAAUGUUUAAACAACUAUAACACAAACACGUUAUGUUCACAGAAUUAUCUAACACAAAUAUAUUUUGUAUCUAUACUGACUGUAUUUAUUUAUUUCUUCAUCGCCUUGAUGUUUUAUCCAGGUUUUUAUUUCAUAAAUAAACAAAUGCUGAAGUGAAGAUAAGAUAACUUAGACAAUCCAGGUAUUUCAUUGCGAUUUCUUCGAAAUGUGCAGCCUCCUGUCAAGUAGAUUACACAGAAAGGUGAUGAACAUAUUGCAGGGAUGACAUUGUAUGUAGCAACCAGCCUGAUUAAGUUACAAACAAUACCAGAGGUGCUUUCAAUCAAUUUAGUCCAAAACCUUUAAGUCGGUCAUGUGAUAACAUGCAGAGGUUUGACAAGAUUUUGACAUUUGAUAGGAAAGCACGUGAGUGUUUGGAUGUUACUAUAAUCAUAGUUACUUUGUAAUCAAUCAUUCAGGUGUUAUUUCGUUUAGGACUCAGUUGCUUGUUUUCGAGACAAAUUUUCAUAAUAACAAAGUUCGUAUUAACUAUUACGUAAUAGGCAUUUGUUGUGCAAGUUUGGUUGAACUUGAGUUUAUCGGAAGCCCUAUUGGCUUAAUAUAAGACCUAUAGUUCCCACAUUUCAGAAGUUAUGUUGGCAGCCUUUUAUAAACAUUUUUGGACAGUCUGGAGAGUCAAUGAAGUAUUUCUUGAUUCGCAACAAGUGAAUUUGUUUUACUCCCAGAUGACUCUAAUGUUAAAGGUUAAUGCUUGCUUUUUGGUACAAAGAUCGUGUAUUUAUUCUUCUUAUCACGAGAUUCUAAGUGUUAAAGUUUGUCGUCAUUUUGUGGCCAGUUCAAUUUGAGAAUAUUCGGUAUUGAUUUUGUAUUACAGAACUGUAUUUAUUUAAAUAAAUGCUUGUUUCUUGGUACUGAACCAUAUUCUU